AUGGCACUAAGAGAGAGAAGUAUUAGAAGGAGAUCAAAGAUUUAUCCAAUAUUGGUGAAUGAAAUUGAGUCCGAUGAUGAAUGGAUAGCUGAGAUUGAAGAACCAAUUCUACCAACUGAUCUUACUUGGCUUAAUUCUCAAGAAUUAUAUGAUGUUGAUGUCAUCAGAAAUAUACCCACUGAACCUUAUGAAACUGAUCUACAUACUCAAGUGCCUAUUUCUUUGGAGCCUAUUGGUGAUCCUAGGACUCAAGAGCGAGGGAAUAUUCAUGUUAGGACUCAAGAGCCUAUUGUCCAUUCUAGAACUCAAGAUCCUAUUAUUGAUGAUGAUCUUAUUCUUGAUGAUGAUGUUCUUCUUUCCUCGUUAGCUUCAAAAAAGAGAAAAGAUGGUGAAACCUCAAGUAAGAGGAAAGUCAAAAGCAAGUCCAUAAAAGCGAUACUUAUGGAUGAAGAUGAUGAGAUAGAUAAAGAUCCUUCAACAUUUGAUAAUGGGAAAUAUCCUUUUCAUAUUGAUACAGUUGAUCAAUAUGAUAGUGAUGCUAGUUUGAUUGAUAUUAGUGUUGAGGAAUGGGAUGAGUGA